AUGGCCAGCGUUGCUGCAUGCAAUGCAGCCAUCACUGGCUGCGAGAAGGGGGGCCAGUGGCAGCAGGCACUGGCAAUGCUGCAAUACAUCCGGGAGUUGAGGUUGCGAGAGGAUGUGGUCAGCUACAACUGCACCAUCAGUGCAUGUGAGAAGGGCGCCCGGUGGGAGCAAGCUCUGCAUUUGGCGGAGAACCUGCUGUCGCGGGGCCUUCUCUCCGAUAUAGUCACGUCCAGUGCUGUCAUAAGCGCAUGCCAAAAGGGCCAACACUGGCCGGAAGGAUUGGUACUGUUCUCAAGCUUGGGGCAGAACCUGCUACAUCCGAACGUGGUUACCUUUACGGCUGCGGUCAACGCCUGCGACAAGGACAGUCAGUGGCCUUUGGCGAUUGAUCUGCUCGAGCAACUGCAGGAGUUGCGGCUGCAAAGCGACACGGUGGCCUAUGGGGCGACCCUCAGCUCUUGUGAGAAGGGCUUGGAAUGGGAGAUUGCCGUUCAUCUGCUUGCGGAGAUGUGCAUGCGGCGUGUGCAGCUCAGCAUUGUCGCCUGCAGCUCAGUGCUCACAGCCUGCGAGAAAUGCGGCCAGUGGCUUUGGGCUUUGUCACUCCUUGCAGACUUGCAUCUUCGACGCAUGCGGGUAGACGUCAUUGCACAUAACGCUGCCAUCAGUGGAUGUGGGCGAUGCAGUGCGUGGCAGUGGUCCUGCCAGCUCUUGCAAGACCUGCUGAUUGGAGCAAUGAGCCCUUCUUCCGUAACAUGCAACUCUUGUCUGGGUGCCUGUGGAGCGGGAUUUCAAUGGCAAAGUGCACUGCAGGUGUCGACGGAACUAGACCGAGGGUUACGCCGGGACACUAUCACCUAUAAUUCUGCGAUCUCUGCUUGCCAAAAGACGGGGGAGUGGCAGCAAGCACUGCAAUUAGGAAGUGAUGCACGAACACAGGCGAUCGCGACAACGGCGAUAACGUAUGCUACGACCAUAGCUGCAUGUGGAGAAGAAGGCUUGUGGCAAAGCGCUUUCCGUCUCCUGUGCGAACUGAAACAAGAGCGACUGGAGCUGUCUGUAGCUUCGUCCGGUGCUGCCAUCAGUGCUUGUGGCCAGGGCAAUCAGUGGGAGCAGGCGCUGCAACUCGUGGAGCAAAGCAUAGAGGCAUGCGUGCAAAGCACUGUCGUGAUGUUCAGUGCCGUGAUGACCGCCUGUGAGAAGAGCGAGCAAUGGAGCUGGGCCUUGUUCGUCUUCGACCAGCUGCAUCAAAAAUCCAUGGAACCCGACGUCGUCGCUUACAACGCAAGCGUCAGCGCAUGCCAGAAAGGACGCCGAUGGUGGCAGGCUAUGACAAUCCUGGCGGGUAUGAGUCAGUCGUCGGUGGAUGCGACGAUCGCGACAUAUAAUGCUUGCUUAAUGGCUUGCGAGCAUGGCUUGCGAUGGACAUGGGCUCUGAGUUUAUUUUCAGAAUUAGAAACUUGCAACUUGCAAGCUAAUCCAGUCACGUACGGGUCUGUGAUCUGCUCCUGCCGUGCCAGUGCUCAUCCGGAGCUUCUGCCGCCACUUCUUGACUGUCUGGCGACAGCUUAUAGACUGCUCACACCAAAGAAUUGA